AUUAUCUAACAUGAGCGGUGCUUGCUGUGACAUCGAACCCUUUGAGGCAUUGAAUUCAUUUUGCUCUAACGAAAAAGGGUGAAAUUAUUAGUGACAACUGACCUGUUGGUGACACUACAUUUUGGGCAAGAGCCCAACCUGGCACCAUGAAUGUCCAGACCCAAGUCUACCAUCAUGCAACUUCUUUUUAAUUGAAGAGCUGUCUAGAUUGCUUAGAAAUUCAAUUUAGAAAUACAACUCUUGAUCUGAAAUAUGAUCUAUACCAUUGUAUAGUUAUCAUACUUGUAUCAUUACUUGGUUUGCUAAUCAUGGGCUUGGCUAAAGAUGCUUCCUGAUGUAAGACAACUGCUGACAAGAUCAAAGCAUAACUGUCCUCCUUCACAACCACAUGUGCAUUAUUUUACCACAGCUUCAGAGCUGAUACCAUAAGAGCAACUGAAUUGAAACACAAGAGCCACUUUCUUAAAAUGACUCGCACAAGUCGCCACAUUGCUCUGCUUCUCUUGCUGUCCUCCAUGCAUUCGCUAGGAAGCUCUCUAGCCUCAAAGCCUCUUCACCUUUCAGCUUCAGCAGAUGAAGUUCCUGCCAUCAUCAAAAGUGAUCCUCCUAUUACUAAUCUGUCUCAGAGACCUGUUCUUCAGCCCAAAGAAACCGCACCACUUCAGUUUCCGUGCACCUUGAGAAACCCUCAGGGCAAAGUGUGUGUGCGGGCCAAUCUAGGAGUUGAGUAUGUGGUGAGAGAGAACAAUAAGAACUAUUAUUUCAACAUGAAUCCCAGCUCAACACGAGCCACGGGAUUCUGUGGGAACCAAAAGGCUAAUCUCUCCCUGGACUUUGAUGGUGGUCAUCUGGAGUUCACUUUCGUCAAGGAAGGCAAUCUCUCCUAUGUGAGCACUAUCAAAGGUCUUCUGAGACCUGCUCCUCUUUGUAAAAAUUGCCAGGAUAAAACCUACGUAGGAGUUAUAAAUAACGACAAGCUAUUCAAAGCAAAAAAUGGCCUAAGCUUCCAAUGCAAGUCUCAGAUGACUCUAAUACUGGCGAGUUCCUUCAGAGUCAAACUGGUGCCACUGCAGAUUCAAGCCUUUGAUCUGGAUAAUGGAGCGUUUGGAAAAGAGGUGGAGUGCUGGGAGGACUACAGCAAGCGCAUGAUCCCCAUUAUUCUCGGUGGUGUAGCUGCGGGAGUUUGCCUCAUUGCCAUUCUGACGUAUGUGCUUGUCCGAGAACGCCGUGGCCGAGGUUACGAACAACUCUGAGACUAUACAUGUGCAUUGUGAAGAUGAAUCAAGAGAUUUAAUUGUGUGUUUUACAUUGUGUGGAUAAUGCUUUACAGUUAAAAUCUCAGUAAACAAUUAAAAUAUGGCUGACAUGACAUACCUUAGAUAUUGUGUUCAUUGUAAUGCAUAAGUUAUCAUUUAUAGUAUGGAAGUUUUGGGUCUUGACAAGAUAUGUACAUUCAAGGGAAUGAUUAUGAUAAGUGCAAGUUUUACAUGUGACUAUGAAACACUUGCCAUGGGGAAAAAAUCCUGAACUGCAUAGAGUAUAACAACUUGCUUCUUUGUCAAUGCUUUUUCAAUGGUAAGGUAGAUUGGGGGGAAAGCCCUCUUGGGGUAAAAUGCUCCCUCCUGUUAUCCCUAAAUAACCACUAGAUAAAGUAAAGAUAUAAGUACUUUUUUUUGUUCUGACAAGAGUGACGUAGAAGUAUUGAUCAAGAAGCUUGC